AUGGCUGAUGAACUAGCACGCGUACAACAAUAUGAAUACCGUCAGAAUUCUAACUUGGUAUUACAAGUCGAUUAUAACCUCACUGAUCGUCGUGGUCGUGAGGAACCGACUGGUGAGGUGCUCCCACUUUCUGAUCGCGUCCUUAAAGGUAUGAAAAUGGGCGACAAGUAUAUGCGUACGAAAGCACCUAUCCAAGAGCAGAAGAAGAAACGAAGGAAGAAGACUGAAGAGGAGGAUUUCCGACUUAUGUCAAAAUCUGUAUUGGGAGACAACACGGAGCUUAUGGGAAGCUAUAAACCACGUACGCAAGAAACGAAACAGACAUAUGAAGUCAUCUUGGCAUUUAUACAAGAAGCUAUUGGCGAUCAGCCUCGCGAUAUCUUGUGCGGUGCAGCCGAUGAGGUUUUGGCUGUCUUGAAAUCGGAUAAAAUCCGCGAGAAGGAGAAGAAGAAGGAGGUUGAGUUGUUGCUUGGCUCGUUGACUGAUGAAAGAACAGCGGUCCUUAUCAAUUUGGCUCGAAAAAUAACGGAUUUUUCAAUGGAAGAAGAGCACAAAAUGGAAACUGACGAGCUUGAUGAGAAUGAGGGUGUUAAUGUCCAUUUCGAUGAGUCAGACGAGGAACAAGACGCUGUAAUUGACGAAAUCAAGAGUAACGACGACGAAGGUGGAGAAGAAGCUGAGCACAACGAAACUUUGCGGGGAGGUGGUUUUGAUGAGGAGAAAGAAGGUGCCAAAAAGGAUACCCUUCAUCCACGUGAUAUUGAUGCCCAUUGGAUUCAACGUUCUCUUGCGAAGUUCUUCAAUGAUCCAAUUGUUGCACAGCAAAAAGUGACAGAAGUGCUUAGCAUUUUGAAGGAUUCGGCGGACGACCGUGAAUGUGAGAACAAGCUCGUACUUCUUCUCGGUUUUGAUCACUUUGAUUUCAUUCGUACUCUUCGUCAACACAGACAUAUGGUGUUAUACUGCACUCUGUUGAAACAGGCGCAAGAUGAGGAGAGAGUCAAGAUUGAGGAAGAGAUGAAGAUGCGACCAGAAUUGCAUCAUGUUUUAGCCCAACUUCUAGAAACAGAUGAAGCCGACAUUGUUGAGACCGAACGAGCCAAGCGGGAAAAGACAGCUCAAAGACGUGCAGCAGCAGCAGCUGGUGAAGAAGCUGUCGCUGCGGGUCAAUGGCUGGCCGGUAGGAAGGUUCUUGAUUUGGAAGACUUGGCAUUUGCACAGGGAAGCCAUUUGAUGAGUAACAAGAGAUGUGAGCUACCUGAUGGAUCAUAUAGAAAACAGAAAAAGAGUUAUGAAGAAAUUCAUGUACCGGCUCUGAAACCAAAGCCAUUUGCAGAAGGGGAGAAAUUAAUCGAUAUAAGCGAGCUUCCAAAGUGGGCGCAGCCAGCCUUCGAGGGUUUCAGAUCUCUGAAUCGCAUUCAAUCUCGUCUUUACGAGAGUGCACUAAACAGUGACGAACAUCUCUUACUAUGCGCUCCAACUGGAGCAGGUAAAACAAAUGUUGCUUUACUGGCUAUUCUACACGAAAUCGGUAAACAUAUGAACGAAGACGGGUCCGUUAAAGUGGACGAGUUCAAAUGCAUAUAUAUCGCUCCGAUGAAGUCUCUUGUGCAAGAAAUGGUUGGGAAUUUCACCAAGAGGCUGGCACCGUUUGGGAUUAAGGUCGGGGAAAUGACUGGUGAUGCGCAGAUGAGUAAAGAACAGUUUAUGGCUACUCAAAUAAUUGUUUGCACACCAGAGAAGUACGAUAUAGUUUCAAGGAAAGGUGGUGAACGCGCAUACAGUCAACUUGUUCGGCUUGUUGUUAUUGAUGAAAUUCAUUUACUUCAUGACGAUCGUGGUCCAGUUUUAGAAGCAAUUGUUGUUAGAACAUUGCGACAAGUUGAACAAACCCAUGAUGACUGUCGCCUUGUGGGGUUAUCCGCAACUCUGCCUAACUACCAGGACGUGGGAACAUUUCUUCGCGUAAAACCGGAGCAUUUGUAUUACUUCGACAAUAGUUAUCGUCCGGUGCCACUAGAGCAACAGUACAUUGCGAUCCGUGACUCCUGUCUUGAAAAAGAUACUUUGAGUGCAUUCAUGCGCGAAGGAAGUGCAAGCACUGAAAUUCUUCGGACAGAAGCUGAACAAGUGAAGAACCACGAUUUAAAGGAUCUUUUGCCAUACGGCUUCGCUAUACAUCACGCUGGAAUGAACAGACUUGAUCGUACCUUGGUUGAGGACUUGUUCGCUGACAAGCAUAUCCAGGUGUUAUUUUCAACGGCUACUCUCGCUUGGGGUGUCAAUUUGCCUGCCCACACUGUCAUAAUCAAAGGAACACAGAUUUACAAUCCGGAGAAAGGGCGGUGGACCGAACUCGGUGCACUUGAUGUCAUGCAGAUGCUUGGUCGUGCUGGUCGUCCUCAAUAUGACUCGAAGGGCAAAGGAAUAUUAAUUACAAAUCAUUCUGAAUUACAGUUCUACCUUUCACUUAUGAAUCAGCAGUUACCUGUUGAAAGCCAGAUGAUUGGUCGCUUACCUGAUAUGCUGAAUGCAGAAGUCGUCCUUGGUACGAUCAGCAGCGUAAGCGAUGCAAUGUCCUGGUUAGGUUACACCUACCUGUACAUCCGCAUGUUGAAAUCUCCUACUCUUUACGGAAUUCCUGCUGAUCAGGCGAAAGCAGACCCUAUACUUGAGCAACGUCGUGCAGACCUUAUUCAUACCGCGUGCUUGCAGCUGGACAAAGGCAAUCUUGUAAAAUACGACAAGAAAAGCGGGUUAAUCCAGGCAACUGAGUUGGGUCGAAUCGCAUCUCAUUACUACUGUAGCUUCGAGUCGAUGCAAACUUACAACCAGUUGUUGAAACCAACGGCAACAGAAAUCGACUUAUUCCGCAUUUUCUCCCUCUCGAGUGAAUUUAAAAAUAUUGCGGUUCGAGAGGAAGAGAAAUUGGAGCUUCAAAAACUUGCUGAGCAUGUACCGAUUCCCAUAAAAGAAAGCCUGGAUGAGAGCAGCGCUAAAACCAACGUUUUGCUUCAGGCUUAUAUCUCUCAGUUGAAACUGGAUGGAUUUGCUCUUCAAUCUGAUAUGAUAUUUAUUGCACAGUCAGCAGGUCGUCUUUUCCGUGCUCUUUAUGAGAUCGUCCUUUGGCGAGGAUGGGCUGCUUUAGCUUUGAAAGUUCUGAGUUUGUGUAAGAUGGUGACAGCACGUCAGUGGCAGUCUCUUAAUCCUCUUCAUCAGUUUAAAAAGAUCCCAACUGAGAUCGUCCGGAGUAUCGACAAGAGAAAUUACUCCUUCGAACGUCUCUAUGAUCUUGAUCAACAUCAACUCGGAGAGUUAAUUCGAAUGCCAAAAAUGGGAAAGCCGUUAUACAAAUUUAUCAGACAGAUUCCUAAAUUGGAAAUGACUACGUUGAUCCAACCAAUCACCAGAACCACCCUUCGCAUUGAGUUGACAAUAACUCCAGAUUUUCAGUGGGAUGAAAAAGUACACGGAAGUGCGGAAGGUUUCUGGAUUUUCGUGGAGGACGUCGAUGGCGAACUAAUACUUCAUCACGAAUAUUUCCUUCUGAAGCAAGUUCCAAUUGUUGCAUUCGAAUUUGAGAAUUGUAGGAAGUUUUGUACUGAAGAACAUCUUGUGAAGAUGUUCGUUCCCGUAUUUGACCCUCUACCGCCAUUAUACUUCGUGCGAAUUGUAUCGGAUAAAUGGCUGGGUUCGGAGACGGUUCUUCCUAUAUCUUUUCGGCAUCUUGUACUUCCCGAAAAAUAUCCUCCUCCGACCGAGUUACUGGAUUUGCAACCUCUGCCAAUAUCAACUCUAAACAACAAGAAUUUCGAAGCUGUAUUCCAAGCCAAGGAAAUAAAGAUAUUCAAUCCAAUACAAACACAAGUAUUCCGAACGGUAUAUGAGAGUAAUGACAACGUCUUGAUAGCAGCUCCAAAUGGUUCUGGAAAGACGGCAUGUGCUGAAUUGGCAAUCCUUCGGCAUUUUGACAAUCAUCCCGAUGGAAAAUGUGUGUACGUUACACCCAUGGAGGAUAUGGCUUUAAAGGUGUACAAUGACUGGCAGGACCGAAUUGGUAUUCCGCUGGACAGACCUGUGGUACUCUUAACUGGUGAGCCAUCGACUGACCUUAAGCUGUUACAACGUGGCAAAUUAAUAAUUGCUACUCCUGAACGGUGGGACAACGUUUCUCGUCGAUGGAAGCAGCGAAAAAAUGUUCAAGCUGUGAAACUUUUUGUUGUAGAUGACUUGCACAUGAUCGGAAGCGCAGUUGGACCGGUUUUGGAAGUGAUCUGCUCACGAAUGCGGUACAUGUCUGCUCAACUCGAUACAACGGUUCGUAUUGUGGGUUUGGCCUCUUCGCUAACCAAUGCCCGUGACGUUGGUGCAUGGCUUGGCUGUUCAGCAGCAGCGACGUUUAACUUCCUUCCAAAUACUCGACCUGUUCCACUGGAACUCUAUAUACAGGGUUUCAAUUUGUCACACACGGCUUCACGAUUAGCUGCAAUGGUACGUCCUGUGUACCAGUCAAUCAGUCGUCAUGCUGGAAAACUAAAUCCAAAACCAGCAUUGGUAUUUGUGCCUGGCCGUCGUCAGUCCCGUUCUACUGCGAUUGACUUGCUAACAAUGGCACAUGCAGAUGGAUCUCCUCAAAGAUUUCUUCAUAUUAGCGAGAAGGAUGAAACAUUUGUGAAACUCCUAGACUCUCUGCAGGACCAAACUUUACGGGAAACUCUACUAUGCGGAGUUGGUUUUCUGCAUGAAGGAACUCAUGCAAAGGAUUUCCAAAUUGUUGAGAAGCUUUUCAGCAGUGGUGCUAUUCAAGUAUGUAUCGUUCCUCGUACAAUGUGCUACCAAAUCGACAUGUCGGCAUAUCUUGUCGUUAUUAUGGACACGCAAUUUUACAAUGGAAAAUAUCACGUUUAUGAGGAUUAUCCCAUUGGAGACGUGUUGCACAUAGUUGGACUUGCGAAUAGACCUGGUAGAGAUCCAGAUGCGAAAUGCGUAUUGAUGUGUCAAUCGUCGAAGAAGGACUUCUUUAAGAAAUUUCUUUAUGAACCACUGCCUGUGGAAUCCCAUCUUGAUCAUUGUCUUCAUGAUCAUUUCAAUGCUGAAAUUGUUACCAAGACAAUUGAGAAUAAACAAGACGCAAUUGACUAUUUGACUUGGACGUUCCUAUACCGUCGUAUGACACAGAAUCCGAACUACUACAACCUGCAGGAAAUCUCGCAUCGCCAUUUGUCUGAUGCACUUUCUGAGCUUGUGGAAAUGACACUCAAAGAUCUAGAGAACAGCAAGUGUAUUGCUAUAAAAGAUGAUAUGGAUACGAUGCCGUUAAAUUUGGGAAUGAUUGCAGCAUACUACUAUAUUUCCUAUACUACAAUCGAACUCUUCUCAAUGUCAUUACAAGCAAAAACUAAACUUCGAGCUUUGAUCGAGAUCAUAGCAAACGCAAGUGAGUUUUCUUCGAUACCUAUGCGACAUCGUGAGGAAAUGGUUCUGAAGCAACUGGCGGCACGACUACCAGGGCAGCUAAAGAAUCAAAAGUUCUCCGAUCCACAUGUGAAGGUGAAUCUGUUGAUCCACGCUCAUCUUUCUCGCAUUCAAUUGUCUGCGGAACUCAGUAAGGACACAGAUGUAAUAGUUAAUGGUUGGCUGUCGCCUGCAAUUCAUGCUAUGGAAUUAUCGCAGAUGUUGACUCAAGCAAUGUAUAGUAAUGAAUCAUAUCUGAAACAGCUCCCUCAUUGUAAUUCUGCUCUUCUGGAAAGAGCGAAGCAAAAGAAAGUGGAGUCUGUUUUCGAACUGCUUGAAUUGGAUGAUGACGAACGUCGUGAUAUUCUGCGCAUGGAAGACGUCCAUUUGGCUGAUGUUGCCAAAUUCUGUAACAAUUAUCCAUCGAUAGAAGUCGAACAUGAGUUGGAGUCCGACACGGUCACAGUUGGCGACACAUUACUUGUAAACGUAACAAUGGAGCGAGAAAACCAUGUCAAUGGCCUGGCACCACCAGUCGUUGCGCCGCUGUUUCCUCAGAAACGAAAAGAAGAAGGAUGGUGGCUUGUUGUCGGUGAUCCUUCUUCGAACGCUCUCUACUCGAUCAAGAGACUAACAAUAAACGAGAAGGCGAAGAUGCAGUUGGAUUUCCUUGCACAAUCAGCGGGUCGAUUUGAGUAUAAGUUAUACUUCAUCUGCGAUUCAUACCUAGGCGCUGACCAGGAGUUUGAUUUCUCAGUCAAGGUGGAAGAUCACAGUCGUAGUCGAAAACGACGAAGAGACGACGACUAG